AUGCCUCGUGGUCAGAAGAGUAAGCUCCGUGCCCGUGAGAGACGCCGCCAGGCCCGGGCUGAGGACCAGGGUUUCGGGGGUGCUCAGGCCACUGCAGCAGUGGAAGAAGAGUCCUCCUCUUCCUCCUUGCCUGUUUCUGGGGGUACUCCCUCGAGCUCCCCUGCUGCAGGCACUCCCCAGAAGUCUCAGAGAGCCCAAACCGCCAGCUCUUCUGCUGCAGCCACUUUCUGCACAAGUUCUGAUGAAAGCGCCCACGAGGAAAAUGCAAGUUCCUCCCAGGCCCCACCCUCCUCUGAGAGCUCGUGCAAAGAUCCUCUGAUCAGGAAGACAGGCGAGUUGGUGAAGUUUCUGCUGUACAAGUAUAAAAUUAAAGAGCUCAUUACAAAGGCAGAGAUGCUGAAGAUUGUCAACAACAAGUACAAGAAGCACUUCCCAGAAAUCCUCCAGAGUACCACCGAGCACUUGGAGCUGGUCUUUGGCCUUGACCUGAAGGAAGUCAACCCCAGUGGUCGCUGUUAUGCCCUUGUCAGCAAACUAGACCUUUCUGAUGAAGGGGCUCUGAGUGGUUCCACGGGCUUCCCCAAGAAUGGGCUCCUGAUGCCUCUCCUGGGCAUGAUCUUCAUGAAUGGCAACCGCACCACCGAGGAGGAGAUGUGGAAAUUCCUGAAUCUCUUAGGAGUCUAUGAAGGGAGGAGGCACUUCAUCUUUGGGGAGCCCAGGAAGCUCAUCACCCAAGAUUUGGUGGAGCAGAAGUACCUGGAGUACCGGCUGGUGCCCAACAGUGAUCCUCCAUGCUACGAAUUCCUGUGGGGUCCAAGAGCCCAUGAUGAAACCAGUAAGAUGAAAGUCCUGGAGUUUUGGGCCAAAGUCAAUCAUAGUGCCCCCAGUUCCUUCCAGGCCCAGUACGAGGAGGCUUUGAGAGAUGAGGAAGAGCGAGCUCGAGCCAGAGCUGCAGCCAGGGCUGCUGCUAGUGCCAGGAUCCGCUCCAGGGCCAUGGCAGGCAGAUCCUCCCAGCCUUAG